CUCAACACUCGCUGUGUACUUCUAGUUGUCGCAGAAAGUUGGAAGUUCGGGUGACGUGUUGUCGUUCGCUGGUGUCUUUUCUUGCUUCAUAAAAGAAUACCCUGCCUCCAACGGUGUGUUUUUCUAGAUCCUUUUCCGGCAAAUAUCGGGGAGUUGAUCUCAACUGAAAUCAAUGGAAAUCGACAACUGUACGUUCGUCGGAAUUGCUCAGUGUUGAUGAUAUCAUCCACCCCCUUUGCACGACAUAUGUUAGCCUUUGUUUGUAAAUAUUUCGUCGAUCAAAUUACACGUCCUAAUUGGAUAUUGUGCGGAAGCAAAGAGGGCAUAUCGCGAUAUUGUAUAGCUCAGUGAAACAGAGUUUCUUGGCCUCAUCGGACGGGAGUUUGUGGGUUGCUUCGUUGCACUACAUCCUUGGCUUGUUAAUCCCCGGACAUGGAAGACGGCACGGCAUUGGCAGAUCUGCAGCAGUAACCAAUGUAAAUACACGACGACGAGCUCAGUCGAAGAAGAACUUUGGGAUUUAGGCAAUCCUUGGUGUCUAAGUCCGAUCCUAGCCUAAGGAACUGGGUAUUUGGUUUCUAUUGUCCAAAUCGUGGAGAGUCAGCUUUGACCAGAAAGUCUGAAAGUAAUUCGAACCGCCUAAACACAAGCUAGACACUCGCACAGUUAGAACACAAUAGAAAGUAAAUUUAGCGCAGAUUCUGUUACGCUUUUCGCUAUUGCACCGAUUGGACUCUGAUUCGCCACUCAAUUUUCAUUCCAUCAGUCGGCCGCAGAAUGAGUUCGGAGCGGCAACCUUUACUGUUGCAUUCAGAUCCUUCUGAUUGUGAACGGGCGCCACCGCGACCAGAUAUACGUAACUCUCCAGAUAAUGGCCUCGUUGAUGUCCAAAGUGAUGAUAGUGCGUCGGAUGUUGGCAAACCUGGCGAUUACAACCCAUCCCAUCAUCGACAAAUCGAACAUCCAACUUCAAAUCUCGACACUCUCAUUCAUCUGCUCAAAGGAAACAUCGGAACUGGAAUCCUUGCGAUGCCCGAUGCUUUCAAACAUGCCGGCCUUUAUUUGGGUUUGUUUGGAACGUUACUUAUGGGUGCAAUUUGUACACAUUGCAUGCACAUGCUGGUUGGCUGCGCCCACGAGCUGUGCAGACGGUUGAAAGUUCCAGCUAUGGGAUUCUCGGAAGUCAUGUACAAUUGCGUUGACACUGGGCCAGUAGGCUUGAGGAGAUAUGCUUUUUUGGCAAGAAAAGCGAUAAACAUUUUCCUGUUCAUUACACAAAUUGGUUUUUGUUGUGUUUACUUCUUGUUCGUCGCCUUGAAUGUCCGGGAAGUAAUUGGACAUUACUUUGUUGAUCUCGAUGUUAGAAUUUAUCUUUUACUUAUGUUAAUUCCCAUGAUACCACUUAAUCUAGUAAGAAGUUUAAAAUAUUUGACACCUGUAUCGUUAUUCGCGGCGGUGCUGACUGUAACGGGAUUGGUUUUCACGUUUUCUUAUAUGUUAAAAGAUUUACCGCGAACGGACAGUGUAAAACCGAUUGCGCCUUGGUCACAAUUACCAUUAUAUUUUGGUACUGCAAUAUACGCUUUUGAGGGCAUCGGUGUUGUACUUCCACUUGAAAAUAAUAUGGGUACACCAGAAGACUUUGGUGGAACUUCGGGUGUUUUGAAUACCGGUAUGGUGAUUGUUGCAUGUUUGUAUACAUCCGUAGGAUUUUUUGGGUAUUUGAAGUACGGUGACAGCGUACAUGGCAGUAUUACUUUGGAUCUCCCACAGGAUGAAAUUUUAUCCCAGAUGGUUCGUAUUAUGAUGGCAUUCGCUAUAUUCUUCUCGUAUACACUGCAGUUCUACGUACCUGUAAACAUAAUUGCGCCAUACGUUCAGGGACAUUUUGAAACAGAGCGAACAAAACAUAUUGCUGAUGUUGCGCUGAGAGUGGUGCUCGUUACAUUUACUUUUAUCCUAGCUGCAAUCAUUCCAAACAUUGGCGCCAUCAUCUCACUUGUUGGAGCAGUAAGUAGUUCAGCUUUGGCUUUAAUAGCACCACCGAUUAUAGAAAUAAUGACAUUCUACCCAUGCGGCUGGGGUCGCUACAACUGGGUGCUGUGGAAAGAUAUUUGUAUUUUACUAUUUGGACUAUUAGGAUUUGUAUUUGGAACAUAUGCAAGUGUAGCGCAAAUUUUGAACCCUGAAGCGGAUAAGUAAAAAGAACAACAUUAAUUAUGUGAAAGGAUCCAAGUAAAAAUAAUUAAGAUAGAGUCAGUAUAGAGAUCAGAAUCCUAGUAAAUUAAAUGAAUUUGACAUUAAUUUAAGAAAAUACAACCAAGUACGGAUUUGCAGAAGAUGUUCGCGACGUAAGGUGCUUAUUAUGUUAUUUAAUCGCUUGAAAAAGUGCAGAACUGUUCUAGCUAAUUUAUUUCUGGUGUACGUUUCGCCAUUUUUUAUGGAAUAUCCAACUUAUUUUAGUAUAUGACGUCACUGGUGACGAUUGUCGCAUAAUUUUAGGUUAAAAAAUCGUGCUUUAGUUGACAUAAGUAUUUUAUUCGUAGGAAUUCCACUUUGACAGCAUAGCUCAAAGGUGGUAACCGUUGUUCUUAGUUUAAUUUUAGUGCAACGACUUUAUAGAAUUCUAAUUGCUUUCAUAAUUUCAUAUGAAACAUUGUAUCCAAUUUCAGAUGUUACCAUCUAUUUAAGACUAUACAAUACAAUGCUAGAAGGUGAUAUUUUAAGAUUGUCCUAAUUUCUUCUGCGGAGUUUCAAUUCAUCUGCACAUUCUAACAUAUUGAAACAAAAAUAAUUGUGAAACUUC